AAGGAUGAAAAAUUAGUAAAAGAAGUUUUAGAAUCUUGUGAGAAAUUAGUAGUUGAGAAAGCUUCUAAUAAAAAGAAAGAAUCUUCUUGGCCUUCUUUGUCUACUUCUUUGACUGGUUGGGGAUCUAGUUGGGUAAAUAUAUUACCGAUACAGCUAAACAAACAACCGACUGAUGCUGUAUCUUCUACACUAAUUAAUCUUACCACUCCUGAAACAACCAAAAAGAUCGUAGAAAAUCAAAAACCCGAUGGUUCUAUUAAAUUAGACAAAACCGUUUCCGAUCAAAUCAACAUCUCUUCUGAUAAAAUACAAUCCUCAAUUCAAACUUAUGGUGUUAGUGAUAAAUUAAAAUCAGUCCCGAAGAACGUAUGGGAAACAGCCUUGUCACUCCGCUACUUAACUAUUACCUCUCAAUCUCAAGAUCAACAUAAAGAUCAAUCUGAAAAAGCCAAAAAGUACCUUAUUGAGGAACUCAAAGAUGAAAAAUUAGUAGAAGAGAUAUUAACAACGUCGGAAAAGAUUAUUGUUGAUCAAAGUGUCAAAAAAGGAAAGGAAUAUGCCGUUUCCACUAUCAAAAGCUCUACCACAACC